AUGGACCCCUCACCCCAGGCGGGCUCCAGCAGUGUCACCGUCGAGUAUACUGAUCCCUCCGGUCUAUUCCCCACUGUUCAGUCCAUCCUUGCAGAUAAGCUACCUCUAAAGAACCUCCACUGGAAGUCCCCGACCCGCCCUGUUCGAUCCAUCGAGUCCCUCCGUAUCGGCUUCGUCCCUGCCCAGCAUGAAUCGGACGAGCGCAAGCCCUCUACCGACACGGCCAGUGCCACCGUGACGCACCGGCGACACCAGAUCCCAGGCCUACGCCAGACCCCCUACUUGAAGAUCUACUUGCUCCGCUGUGACGACAACGAUACCUACAAGGCUACGGCGCGGAAGGCGCUGCGGGAUUGGAUCAAAUCCCAUUCCACGACCUCCUCGUCCAGCGCAACGUCCACUAGCCAGGAGAAGCACGAUGCUUUCGACUGGCUCAUUGUACAUGUGGUGCAGGACGGAGAGGGGGCGGAAAAGUCCGCCCCUUCUAAAUGGGGUCGCACAACCACCACAGUCCUUGAGAAGGUCAAGGCCGACUUCAACGGAACUUCCAAGUCCUCCACCAUCGAUCGCGUAGCUCAGCUGCGCCUCCCUAAGCAGGGGAGUAAUGCGAAGCCACCUGAGCUGGUCGAUCAGAUCGAAGACUUGGUUGAGAAGCUGAAGAACGCAAUCCUGGCAUCCUUUGACCUUCGCGUCGCGCAGUAUGAGGAGGACAUCAAAGAGAAAGACUCGCAGCGCAGCUUGCCUGGUUGGAAUUUCUGUACUUUCUUCAUCCUUAAGGAGGGUCUAGCUAGGGGCUUCGAAAAUGUGGGGUUGUUCGAGGACGCGCUGCUCGGCUACGAUGAACUUGCGGUCGGUUUGGACACCGCGAUACAAGAACAGCUUGAAGGAACUGGAGAUCAACAUGGAGGUGCAUUUCUGACUUACAGCAAGGACUGGAAAGACAAGGCAAAAUCGGCUCUGGAGUCUGGAGGAGAAGUAGCACGCAAGGACGAGGGCGAGGAAGAUGAUGAGCCAGAACCCGUUCCGGAAAUUGCAAUGGAUGACUUUCCCAUAUCUGCAACAAAAAAGCCGUAUCGGGAGAUGAUACUGGCCAGUGAUAUCUCUAUCUUUGAUUUCCGCACUUAUGUCUUCUCAAGACAAUUGACAUUACUGCUUAGGGCGGCAAAGGCUCCUUCCUUACUCAGUAAGGAAGCAGAAGCAGCUCCACAGUCGUCCAAGAAAGACAGGAAGCCGGAAAAUCUACUGCUUCUCUCCGAAGCUUGCCAGAGGGCAACCGAAUUCAUUAGUCUUGCGGCGCGGACACUAAGGUUCGACCUUGAGACGGGACUGGUAGAUGUCGAGGAUGCUAGGAAGUCAGAGGUGGUGAACAAUAUCGUAUCAUCAUGGGCCUAUGCUGCUGCCUCCCAGGUGCUUUCUCAGACCUUUACUCCCGCCCUUACACUUCCAGAGUCCUCACUGCAUGCUGUCAACAAGCCAGCAGAAAUUGCUACACAUGCUGAGGGCCACCCACAGCUUCCCAGGCGCUCAAGUUCGCUUGCGACUCCUGCAGCUACGCCUCAGCCCCGGCGUAUGACAACCUCGGGCAUUUUGCCUCCAGAUGCCCUUUCGUCUGUCCACGCUCGACCGGGUUUUGAGGGCCCCAAGCUUACGCCCAAGACCGGAUCCGAGCAGUUAGCUUCUGGAAGAGCGGAGUUGCUCCUGAUGGCUCGCCGACUCUUGGAGGAAAUAUCUGCAAGAUUUGGCUGGAAGGAGACUUGGAACGAUCUCCAUCUUCUGUUCAAUGAUCGAGGAUCGGAUGCUGACGAUAUGGCUGAAGUAUCGCUUGAUGACGAGACUCCACAGACAGCAGAUAAGUCUGGGGAAACCAAUCUUCUGUCUGGUAUCGAUCUUCCUGGCUUGAAGCUAGCUCUCCAGUCCAGAAAGGCUUUCCGUGUGCAUUAUGAAGAUCUUACAGAUCAGAUGUACCGUCACCACAUCGCUGCAAAUCGGACGUACUCAACCCAGGCCGCACUUGCUGACAUGGCCCUCAUACGCUACAGACAGAGCGACUAUGGGGCGGCAGCGUCUUAUUUCCAUCACAUUGCUCCGUUUUAUGGCAGUAAGAACUGGGUUGUGCUAGAGGGCAUUAUGUUGGAAAUGUAUACUCGGUGUCUGAAAGAGCUUAAUCGCAGUGAAGAAUACGUCCGGGUGAUCCUCCGUCUUCUCGCAAAGUUUGCCAGUUAUACAGAGUCCAACCUGUCGAAGCGGCAGAAGACGCUAGAUGCGUCGCAUAUCUUUGCGGAAAAUGCAUUGAUUUCUGAGUACGUCGAGGAGCUGUUCAAGGCAUCAGGUUCCCUUCAGAAAGAAGUCAUAGCCCCCAUGACUGAUUUCUUUGCGGAUAUCAACGUCAAGCCUGCAAUCUUACACUAUGCGGACAAGGAUGGGUUCCAGCUUCAAUUGUACCUACGCUUUUGUUUGGGUAAGCGCAUUGAUAUUGAUUCUAUCAAGCUGCGAUUGGUGGGUGCGCACAACGCUCAGAGUAAUGAGCAUUGGCUAGAGGCUCCUAUCAAAAUGACCAUCAAGUCGUCGUCGACGAGAGUGUUGGUCGACUCUCCGAUAACACUGCAAGGUAAAUACUUCGUGGACCGCAUUGAAAUGCGAGCGAAGAAUAUUGUUUUCCUUUUUGGAGGCGGUAAGCAUGCGUCCCUGCCAGUGGGAUUCAGGGAGGCCGAGGCCGAGGAAGAGGAUAGUCGGCCAUUCAUUUACUGUUUUCCGCCACCGGACGGCCUUCAGGCAAAGAUCGUGUCACCGCACUUUGUCAAUUUGGAGGAAUUACGAACACUAGAGCUGGAAUUCAGUAGUGGAUGGAAUGACAUCAAGAGCGGGACUCUUCGAGUGAGACCUGCCACUGCUGGUCUUCGAUUGAGAACGACCGAAACCGAACUGGUAGAGGGUGACAUAAAGAUCGAAGCCCAUAAUGACUCGGGAAACAUUGAGUUCACUCAGUUGAAACCCAACUCGUUCGUUCGGUUCCGGAUCCCUUACACGGUCGAGGAACACCACCCGAUGCUCUCUGCAAGGGCCGAAGUGUCAUACGAGACAGAGAAGGGGCGGUUUACUUAUUCCUCGGUGCACAACAUCAUCUCAGGCUUGCCAAUCAGUGUCAACGUGCAGGAUGUCUUCAAGGACAGUGUGCUAUUCUCACGGUUUACCAUCAGUCCGGCUAUGCUGAUACCGCUCCGGAUCUUAAAUUGCCAAAUCCCAAGCUCAGACAUCUAUGAGGUGCAGUCGAGUAUUGGUGAUUCUGUGGCACUGAAUGUAUUUGCCAAACAACCCGCAUCUCUUCUCUACAAGAUUCGACAGCGGCCAGACAGCGUUCCCACUCCGGGAGCAAGACGGUCCCUGCGACUAAGCGUCGAUUUUACUUGCGUGGACGAUGAAUGUCUAUAUGCAGUCGAGCAGACAUUUAAGUCAAGCAUUGCAGCUAGCGAGUUUCAUCAGUACACAAGCUUGCUUACAUCCCACAUUGUUGAGACCGUCCGCUCACAGCUGUCGACUUCCGACAUGGAAGUUGUCGGCCUCGUUCGAGAGGUGGAAACACUGCAGUAUGCGAAUGCGCACUGGGAGACAUUGCUGAGUGCGUUGAAGGAGCCAAUGGAUGGACUGAAGGCCUGGCUUAUGAACUGGCAUAAGAAUCACCCGGUCAUCUGCCUCCCAGACUCUCCAGCCGUACGCAGCAGACACAUCGUCAUCCCCGUUGACAUCCCGGAGAUUCAAGUUGUGCACACAGCCGAGCUCCGCCUCACCAAUCUGGCACAGCAGCCUCCCCAUGCGGCAGUUGGGCAGAUGAUUGCUGCAGAACUCAGCAUACGUCAUACACGACGGUGGUGCUCACCGGAGCAUCGCGAGAACGCAGGCGGUCCGCUUGACUUCUCGUACGAGAUCCACGCAAAUCCCGAAACAUGGCUCGUUGGCGGGCGACGUCGCGGAAACUUCACCGCCGAAGAAGGCGAGACCAAGACCUUUGCGAUCAUGCUACUCCCGCAGAAAGCCGGACACCUCCUUCUUCCGGGUUUAGAGAUCAGGUCCUUUGUGCCACCAUCCCCAACAUCCUCAUCGUCUCUGCCCCAGCCGCAGCCUCAAUCUUCGACGACAGCUACCGGAGCCCAGACGAUGAGCCCCAACCUUGGACAGCCCGUGACAGCUGGGUCCAUGACGGCCGCCGCCGCCGCCGCCGCAGCGGCAGUGGCACCGCUGCAGCGCCGACCCAUUCCGUGCGAGGUUGACUACCGCAACCACGGCGAGACCGUGCUGGUAUUACCCGAUCUCCGCACGACGACAGUGAGCCUGUCACUGUCGGGAGGCAGUCAUGGCGGGGCGUGGUUGAUCGAUUCGGAGCGGUUGCAUGUAACGAGCUCAUAGAGUACAUUAAUUCCCUACAUAGCAUAGCUUAGAAGCCAGGUACAAUGCAUGUGU